UCGCAGACGGCGGCGCGCGGAGCGGGAGGAGGGCGCGACCGGCGGGCGGGGCGCAGUGCGCGGCCUCGGGCUCCCUCCGAGGGCCCUCGGCGGCCGAGCUGCUGAGGCCGGGACCAUGGCGCUGCGCGCCCGGGCGCUGUACGAUUUCAGGUCGGAGAACCCGGGCGAGAUCUCGCUGCGGGAGCACGAGGUGCUGAGCCUGUGCAGCGAGCAGGACAUCGAGGGCUGGCUCGAGGGCAUCAACAGCCGAGGCGACCGUGGGCUGUUCCCGGCCUCGUACGUGCAGGUGAUCCGCGCGCCGGAGCCCGUCCCCGUGCCAGACGGCGGCCCCGGCGCCCCGGCCCGCUACGCCAACGUGCCGCCCGGCGGCCUCGAGCCCCUGCCGGCCGCGCCGCUGGGCGCCUUCCAGCCGCCGGGCUCCUUCCAGCCGCCGGGCUCCUUCCAGCCGCCGAGCACCUUCCAGCCACCACCGGGCGCCGGCCUCCCGUACGCCGGGGGCGCCCUGCAGCCGUCACCCCAGCAGCUCUACGGCGGCGGCUACCAGGCCAGCCAGGGCAGCGACGACGACUGGGACGAUGAGUGGGACGACAGCUCCACGGUGGCGGAUGAGCCUGGCGCGCUGGGCAGCGGCGCCUACCCAGACCUGGACGGCUCGUCGUCGGCGGGGGGCGCCGGCCGCUACCGCCUGUCCACGCGCUCGGACCUGUCGCUGGGCUCCCGCGGCGGCGGCCCAGCGCCCUCACAGCACCAGCCGUCGGGGGCCAAGAGCUCAGCCACCGUGAGCCGCAACCUGAACCGCUUCUCCACCUUCGUCAAGUCGGGCGGGGAAGCCUUCGUGCUGGGCGAGGCUUCGGGCUUCGUCAAGGACGGGGACAAGCUGUGUGUGGUGCUGGGGCCCUACGGUCCCGAGUGGCAGGAGAACCCCUACCCCUUCCAGUGCACCAUCGACGACCCCACCAAGCAGACCAAGUUCAAGGGCAUGAAGAGUUACAUCUCCUACAAGCUGGUGCCCACGCACACGCAGGUGCCAGUGCACCGGCGCUACAAGCACUUCGACUGGCUGUACGCGCGCUUGGCCGAGAAGUUCCCCGUCAUCUCAGUGCCGCACCUGCCCGAGAAGCAGGCCACCGGCCGCUUUGAGGAGGACUUCAUCUCCAAGCGCAGGAAGGGCCUUAUCUGGUGGAUGAACCACAUGACCAGCCACCCGGUGCUGGCGCAGUGUGAUGUCUUCCAGCACUUCCUGACCUGCCCCAGCGGCACCGACGAGAAGGCCUGGAAGCAAGGCAAGAGGAAGGCCGAGAGGGACGAGAUGGUGGGCGCCAACUUCUUCCUGACGCUGAGCACGCCGCCCGCCGCAGCGCUGGACCUGCAGGAGGUGGAAAGCCGCAUCGACGGCUUCAAGAGCUUCACCAAGAAGAUGGACGACAGCGCGCUGCAGCUCAACCACACGGCCACCGAGUUCGCACGCAAGCAGGUGACGGGCUUCAAGAAGGAGUACCAGAAGGUGGGCCAGUCUCUGCGCGGCCUCAGCCAGGCCUUCGAGCUGGACCAGCAGGCCUUCUCCGCCGGCCUGAACCAGGCCAUCGCCUUCACUGGAGACGCUUACGACGCCAUUGGCGAGCUCUUCGCGGAGCAGCCCAGGCAGGACCUGGACCCCGUCAUGGACCUGUUAGCGCUGUACCAGGGCCACCUGGCCAACUUCCCGGACAUCAUCCACGUGCAGAAAGGGGCGCUGACCAAGGUGAAGGAGAGCCGGCGGCACGUGGAGGAGGGCAAGAUGGAGGCGCAGAAGGCCGACGGCAUCCAGGACCGCUGCAACACCAUCUCCUUCGCCACCUUGGCCGAGAUCCACCACUUCCACCAGAUCCGAGUGAGGGACUUCAAGUCACAGAUGCAGCACUUCCUACAGCAACAGAUAAUAUUUUUCCAAAAAGUGACGCAGAAGCUGGAAGAGGCCCUUCACAAAUACGAUAGUGUUUAGUGGCUGGACAGUGGGCUGCGGACUUCCCAGUUCAAGGAUAAUUUCUGCAGCAGAAUAGAAGCCGCUGUCAGCGGGCCGUGGCCAGCGCCCGGUGGCGGCACAAGGCCGGUUUUGUGUUGACUGGAGCGGGGCUGAAUAUAUAAUUGCGUAGGGCAGAAGCAGUUAAUGCGGGUCUGUAGCAGAAACAGCACCACACAUUGUAACUAAGUUAUACUAUGUACGCCUACACUACCAUUGUAACUUUUGGAAUAAUGAUUAUACUAUUUGCCUUAUUGCUUUUUGAAGUAUGGGUAUUUUAGAGCCUACUCUGUAGACCUCGGAGCCCCCGGAGGGGCUCAGAGGAGCCGGCUGGGCCCCGGCCCGCUCUAUGCCUUUUUCCUCGCGUAGAUUGGGGUUCCCUAAAUUCAGCCUGUUCUCUGUUUACAAACUCCAACCAGAGCAGCUAUGCGACUUGUGCCUUUCGAUGUUUUUCAUUUCUCCACCCCUCCCCCCUUUACGUAACCACAGCUUUCCUGACGGGAAGAGUGAGAGGCCAGUGGGGCAGGCAGGAGGGCGCCGUCACUGGCGCACGGAGUUUGUCCCCUGAUCCCACAGUGAGUGCAGCAGAGGGGACUCUGGGCUCCCCCGGGGCUGUGAAGUCUAUUAGGGCAGCAGAGGGGGCCACUCUGCCUCUGAGAUGCUGCCGUGAUGAUCACUGUCCCCACUAGCGUCCUGGCAGGAGGUGGGCAGUCCCCACGGACACCCCCCCCCCCCCCCGCAGGGAAGGCAGGAUCGAGCCAGUGGGGACGCUGGAUCAGUGGGGACACACUCGGUUCCACUCGUAGGAGGGUUUUUCCCUUUUUUUCCUAUUUUUCCCUUGAAGAUUUUCUUUUCCUAUUCAGUGUGAUUUUUUUUUUAAAUGGAUCUACACUGUUAACCAAUUGAGACUCCACUGUGAUUCAUCGUUUACUUAAUCAGGCACUUUUCAGGGACGUCUGUAAGGUUCAGUGUUACACAGUGACGCUGGUGUCGAUCUGAGGAGGGACCAGGAACACUUGCUACUAUUCCAGAUGCUGAAGGAAAGAAGCGACUGCUUGUUUUCAAGGACUCGUGAGCCCCCGGGACAUUGAACGCUACAAAUCACCUAAAUAUAUUCUUUUAUUAUUACAAGGGAAAUAGAAAUGGCUGAUAAAUACCAAAAAGAUUCCAAAGCAGCUUCAUUUAAAAAGCACAAAGAGAUUCUGGCUCGAAGGGCCACAAUCUCGAUGUUCAUUGUCGUCGCUGUGCCAGGCGACUGGGUCCCUGCGGUCCCAGGUGUGGGAGCCGGCUCUGCAGGGCUCCGGCAGCUGCCGACUCUCCGGACCGAGACUUGCGCCGCCCCCCUCGCUGCCCCCGAGGCCUCUGGGCGUCCACGUGCCGACUGGGAAGUCAAGAGGUCGGUUCGAGAGGCUGGCGAGUCACAACCUUUGGAGAAGAGGGUGAUGGUUCGAACCGUCCAUCCACCGCGGCACAUUUAUUUACUCUCGAAAGUAACCUCAUGUGGGUUGAAUUUUUCAGAUCAGAGUGUUGUCAUUUUGAUGAAAAUUUUGUACCUUGGGAAGCUUGGAGCCAGAUUUAACAUCAUGUGGCUUUAAAGUCUCUACUACAGAUAAGUGUAACCAAACAUACUGUUCUCUAAAAAGUCACUUUCUCUUACUGAUUGCAAAAUACAGUUUGAUAAACAAAACCCCUAUGCGUAUAAAUGUUAAUUUUAUGGCAGAAGUUUGGAGAUUAUGAUUCUAGCAUUUAAUUUAAGUUUGGGUCUGUAUUGGACACGUAAGCUUUUUAAAUGAUUUGAAAAUUGGUUUUAUUUGCCUCUUUAUUUUCAUGGUGGUUUGAUUUUUUUUUUUUUCAAGUAAAAUCACUAAACGUGUGCUAUGGUA